CAAUAAGAACGUCCAAUAGUCGGUAGCAAGGCGGUACUUCGCCUCGGCAGUGGUCACGUGGGUGUGCUGCGCCUGCGAAACUUCCUUUUCUGGGCGGCCGCGAGAGAGGCGACACCAUGAAGGCGUCGGGCACGCUGAGGGAGUAUAAAGUUGUUGGGAGAUGCCUUCCUACUCCCAAAUGUCCAACACCACCUCUCUAUCGGAUGCGUAUCUUUGCUCCUAACCAUGUUGUUGCAAAGUCCCGUUUCUGGUAUUUUGUCUCACAGCUGAAGAAGAUGAAAAAAUCUUCUGGGGAAAUCGUAUACUGUGGACAGGUGUUUGAGAAGUCUCCUCUGAAGGUGAAAAAUUUUGGUAUCUGGCUGCGCUACGAUUCUCGUAGUGGAACUCACAAUAUGUACAGGGAGUACAGGGAUUUAACAACUGCUGGAGCUGUUACACAGUGCUAUCGUGAUAUGGGAGCACGUCAUAGAGCCCGUGCUCAUUCUAUUCAGAUCAUGAAGGUUGAAGAGAUUGCUGCUAGCAAAUGCCGCAGACCUGCUGUCAAACAGUUCCAUGAUUCUAAAAUUAAAUUCCCUCUGCCACACAGAGUGUUGCGCCGUCAGCAUAAGCCACGCUUCACUACCAAGAGACCAAAUACAUUCUUCUAAAUGUAGGCUUGAUUGAUAUCUUCCAUGUAUCAAUAAAGUUUUUUGAACAUUU